UAAGUAUUUUUAACCCCUGUCUUGCUGGAGACCACUCAAGUGGUAACUUCUUCAGAAGAGCCGAAGUGCGCCUGAGCAAUUCCAGAUUGAAUUGGGUUUACACAGAGAUUUAUUCCAAAGACCAUUCACCAGCUAAGCAAUAAAACAACCACAGUUUAUUACUACAGUUCUUGAAUGUUGACUGGCCCAUCAGUAAUUGUUCUGAAUACUUGUUGAAGUAGCAGAAAAGGCAUUUUGGCAAUUGGAAUCCAGGUCAACAGAUUCAACAAUUAGAACAUCAGGCAACAAUUUGUGAAGAAGGAAAGCCGUGAAGUCAUGGAUAAGGACAACAUGAGCCUAGCUGACCAGCAGUAUGAAUGUGUGGCGGAAAUUGGUGAAGGAGCCUAUGGGAAAGUGUUCAAGGCUCGAGACUUGAAGAAUGGAGGGCGCUUUGUAGCACUGAAGAGGGUGCGGGUGCAGACCAGCGAGGAAGGAAUGCCGCUUUCCACUAUACGCGAGGUGGCAGUCUUGAAGCAUCUGGAAACAUUUGAGCAUCCUAACGUGGUCAGGUUAUUUGAUGUAUGCACAGUAUCCCGAACUGAACGAGAGACGAAAUUAACACUGGUGUUUGAACAUGUUGAUCAAGACUUGACCACUUACUUGAAUAAAGUUCCAGAGCCCGGUGUUCCUAGUGAAACUAUAAAGGAUAUGAUGUUUCAGCUGCUGAGAGGCCUUGAUUUUCUGCAUUCACACAGAGUGGUCCACCGUGAUUUAAAGCCCCAAAACAUUCUAGUCACCAGCAGUGGACAAAUAAAAUUAGCUGACUUUGGCCUUGCGCGAAUCUAUAGUUUUCAGAUGGCUCUUACUUCUGUGGUUGUUACUUUGUGGUACCGAGCUCCUGAAGUUCUGCUUCAAUCCAGUUAUGCAACACCAGUUGAUCUUUGGAGUGUAGGUUGCAUAUUUGCAGAAAUGUUCCGUCGCAAGCCACUUUUCCGUGGAAACUCUGAUGUUGAUCAGCUAGGAAAAAUCUUUGAAGUAAUUGGUCUUCCUGACGAAGAAGAUUGGCCUAUUGAUGUUGCCCUCCCAAGGAAUGCUUUUGCCUCUCAAUCCCCACAGCCCAUUGAACUUCUUGUAACAGAUAUUGAUGAACUGGGCAAAGACUUGCUAAUUAAAUGUCUGACAUUCAAUCCUAUGAAGAGAAUAUCAGCUUAUGAUGCCUUAACCCAUCCUUAUUUUCAUGACUUGGAGAAAUACAAAGAGAAUACAGAUUCUGAUGUGUCCUCCAGUCAAAACUCCACAGAGAUGAAUUCACUGUUUGGCAUAGACUUAGCUCAGGGAAUACCUGCAGAAGAAUCUGUCCUGCAUCCAGUUCAGUUCCUUGGCUCUGAUCCAAAGGACUUGCCCUAAAACUCAGAGGGGCUUGCAGUUUCCAGCAGAAUUUUUCACUUUUUCAUUUCUGACCACAAUUCCUUAGGCUGUGACAGAAGACCCUCUGAGAAGUUUUGAGGUAGAAGUGACUCAAAACCUUGCUGCACAUUUGGAGUCCACCAUUUAUAGCUCUUUGGAUUGGUCUAAAGAGCAAUAGAUCGGAUGCUGAGAAAAACAUCUUCUGGCAAAAUCUUCUUGCAGCAUGAUAGGAGUGUUUUGUGUAUUGUGUGUGUAUUGCAGCCUACACCAGCUACACUGUUCACCAGCACACCAUAAAAUGUUUGUCUUGUUUAUGAGAAUUGUUUCAGUUAGCUAGUCUCAUUUCCAACUGGAAUGUGGGGACAUUGAAUGUACCACUGUAUUCAACAUUAUUCUGCUUUCUUGAUUUGGCCUGAAUGUAUGCUUACAUAGCCAAAAUAAUGCAAUUCAAAGUUUCCAGUCUAAGAUAACAUGUAAUGGGUUCUAGCAUUUUCGAUUUUAUUGCAAGAUAUUACAUUGAAGUUUAUCUUUAGUACCUUUUAUUAUAGCCUCUUGGAUAGCGAUAUAUUUCAAGCUGGUUCUGCUUGCUGUCAGCCAUUUUCACAUGACUAUUCCUAUUCCUAAAAGUUAUCUGCUCAUGUAUAUAUUUUGUUACUUGUUUAUAUAAAAUACGCAUACAUUAUUCACAUGUUACAUUGUACAGAUUUCUUGGCUGCUAGAAAUUACAAUUACUUUAAAAUGUAGGAUAAUCCAGAAAGAUACAAUCUCAGGUAUCUUUGCAAUUAACAGUAUCUAUUUUAUAGC